UUUAGCCGCUGUGAAGUUUAUGAGCAGAGCGCAUUAAGCGCAGCGGACGCACGGAGCUCAUCCUCUCACGGUGUCACACAGAGACAUGCAGCGGUGACCCGCGCAAGACUGGCUAACUCGCACACGCUUUGAAGAAACAGACCAGAGAAGACAAGAGACGCGCGUUCUUCAUCCUCACAAUGACGGCUAAAACUCUGGAGAAGGUGCAGAUGAAUCUCGGGGGCUUCGUGCAUCCCCUGGCCGAGAGCGUGUACUCGGUGGAUGACAUCUCCAGCCUGCCGACCUCCGUGGCAAUCUUCCCCAAUGCAGACAUAGGGGCGCAUUACGACCAGAUGACAGCAGACGGUUUGAUGAGCGCGGACAUGACUGGAGACAAGCGCUCUCUGGACCUCUCCUCCUACUCCGGCGGCUUCUCUCAGCCCCCGUCCCACCGCAACCAGACCUUCACCUAUAUGGGGAAGUUUUCCAUCGACUCCCAGUAUCCAAGUAACUGGAACCCCGAGGGAGUGAUCAAUAUCGUCUCGGGCAUCUUCAACGUGGCUCAGCCACCGCCUCAUCCUCCUCCCUCCUCUUCAGCAUCCUCCUCCCCGGCUUCUUCUGGCUCUCCCAGUCAUUUCUCCGGCGCAAAUUUGAGUUGCACCAUGGCGGGUCCGAGCCAGGCAGAGAUGGAGCAUCACCACCACCUUUAUUCCCCACCGCCUCCUUACUCCUCCGGCUGCGGGGAGAUGUACCAGGACCCCUCCGCCUUUCUGUCCACUUCCACCUGUCCUAUCGCGUCCUACCCGCCACCCUCCUACUCUUCUCCUAAGCAGCACAUCGGCUCAGACGCGCAGGGGCUUUUCCCCAUCAUUCCCGACUACUCGGGCUUCUUCCAGCCAGCUUGCCAGCGGGACAUGCACACGGCAGGUAUCCAAGAUCGGAAACCGUUCGGCCCAUGCCCACUCGAUUCAUUUCGCGUCCCUCCACCCCUGACCCCGCUGAACACUAUCAGGAACUUUAAGCUGGGCGGUCCGGGUGGUGGCUCCGAUGGAGGGCCGCUUCCAAGGCUCCCAUCUGCCUACAGCCCACAGAACUUGCCCCUGAGGCCGAUCCUGCGGCCCAGAAAGUACCCGAACAGACCCAGCAAGACACCGAUCCACGAACGGCCGUACCCCUGUCCUGCGGAGGGCUGCGACCGCCGGUUCUCUCGCUCUGACGAACUGACCAGACACAUUCGCAUCCACACUGGACACAAGCCGUUCCAGUGUCGGAUAUGUAUGCGCAACUUCAGCCGCAGCGACCACCUCACCACGCACAUCCGCACGCACACGGGAGAGAAGCCGUUUGCCUGCGACUUCUGUGGCCGGAAAUUUGCCCGGAGCGACGAGAGGAAGAGACACACUAAAAUCCACCUGAGGCAGAAGGAGAGGAAGUCUUCCACCGUCUCUUCCUCCUCCUCAUCGUCCGGCAACUCCGGACUGGAGCGGCCGUCAGGCGCGAUCAGCACCACCAACGGGAUCUGUCCAUAGUUAGUCAACUUUGCUGUCACCUUGGCCGCGUGGCGCACACUAACCAUCGAAUAAUGAUUCCGAAACUGUUGUGAACUAAACAUAGCAGCCGAAACCGCAGGAUGGGAAAGAACACGAACUUAUGUGCAGCCGUGCGCAAUUACGCACAGUAUGCACCCAUUCCUGCUCCAGAAGUGACAGAGACUGACACGAAUGCACUUUGCCUGCACAGUCUACUGAACAUACAAGUAAAUAUAGCCAUUAUUUCAGAAGAAUAUAGAAGUGCAGUUGUAAUAAAGAGGAUUUUUAAUAUACUGCCACACUUACUGAGCGCGCAAGACGCAGCGCGCUUAAAUGUGAAAUAACCGCAAUAAUGUUUUAAAUGAAGGAGAAAGUUUUAAGUUAUUAAGUUGACAAAGUGUUGAUUCUAACAUUGUUGAUGAUGACUAUAUUUCCUCUUUAGUGCCUUGCUGCGUGUCUUUUUUGUACGUUGAUUCAAGGACGCUCCUAACUCAUUGUGAAUUGGUCUUUAAUAUGUACAGUGGAGACUUUCUAUUUUUCUACACGUUUGGUGUAUCUCCAAGUGUUGAGUCGUUGUGGUUCACGUGUAAAACCAUGUUGGAAUGUAAAUAUGUUGAACUAAUACCGACUUGACAUGUUUGUUGUGUUGUGUGAUUUGAGACUUAUUAAAUGUGUGAGGAUGUUAAACACA